AUGGUGGGAAAUCACUCUGGAGUCAUCAAAUUUUACAUUGAAGGUUUUCCUGGCUCUCCAGAAUUCCGUCACACACUCUUCGCCAUAUUCUUCUUCUCUUUCUUUGUGACUAUAAUGGGAAGUAUGAUAAUCAUUGUGAUUGUCUGUGCUGAUCACAGACUACACUCUCCCAUGUAUUUCUUCCUUGGUCACUUGUCUUGCCUGGACGUCCUGAUUACCUCCACUCUCAUUCCACCAAUGCUAGGGGGCUUGCUAAUGUCUGAAUUCCUGACCAUGUCUUUCUCUGCCUGUUUCACUCAGCUCUUCUUGUAUCUCUCUUUUGGAACAACAGAAUUAGCAUUACUCGGAGUAAUGGCAGUGGAUCGUUAUGUAGCUGUUUGUAACCCUCUGAGAUACAACACCAUCAUGAACAAUCAAGUUUGUAUCUCGGUGGUGACAUUGGCCUGGGUACUUGGGUUUCUUAUUGAAAUCUGGCCAGUCUAUGCUACUUUUCAACUCUCCUUCUGUAGGUCAACUGUUGUGAACCAUUUUUACUGUGACAGAGGGCUAUUACUGAAGCUUUCCUGUGAAGACACAGCUUUCUUAGAGUUUAUUCUCUUCUUGAUGGCUGUUGUUAUUCUCUUUGGCUCUUUGCUUCCCACCCUCAUCUCCUAUACUUAUAUAAUCUCCACUAUCCUGAAGAUCUCUUCUGCCUCUGGCCGAAGAAAGGCCUUCUCUACCUGUGCCUCUCACUUCACCUUUGUAAUAAUUGGCUAUGGAACCUGCUUAUUUCUUUAUGUGAAGCCCAAGCAGACACAGGCAGCUGAGUAUAACAAGAUUGUCUCCUUAAUGAUUUCAGUGGUAACUCCAUUCCUGACACCUUUUAUCUUCACUCUGCGGAAUGAUAAAGUCAAAGAAGUUCUGAGAGAUGGGAUGAAGCACUGCUAUCAUCUCUUUAAGGCCACACCAAGUGUCUCUAUGGUGUUCUUUGGAUCUCUAAAGCGGAUUCCACCUGUCUUCACCACCAUCUCUCAGAUUGAAAUUUUUCUUUAA